AUGUCAACACAGGGCUCUACCACGGACGCGUCCAGCAAGAUGGGCAGCAAGAGGCGAGCACCGAUGAGCUGCGACCGAUGCAAGAGCCGGAAGACCAAGUGCGUGGAUCCAGUCCCAGGACCUUGCAAGUUCUGUGCCAGCAUCGAUGCAAUCUGCCAUUUGGAUCCGUCGCGGCGACGGCAGAGGCCAUACUACCACGUCUCUGAAGAGGAGUUCCGCUACAUGACCAAGGCGCUCGAGCACUUCCUUCCUCAUGUCGAACUCAGCCUGCAGUCGCUCCGGGAGGUCGUCCAGUCACUCGAUGCUGCCAACCCGGCCAACCGCCCGUCUGUGGCCGUGUCAGAGGCCUCGUCCGACUCGGUCGUGGUCCUCAGUGACGAUCACCGCACGCCACUCUUCGACCCCUGCCCUGUCAAGGCCGAGGAGAGUGCUGUGAGUAUCAAGGAGAUCGAUGAGAUGCACGGCAAGCUGGGUUGGCUACGCAUCGACUCCAAGGGAACAUACCGCUACGUCGGUGCCGAUUCCGGAUACACCUUCCACGCCGCAGUGCGGUCGCUUUGCCAGCGGCGUGAGCCCGAAUUUUCCUGCAGCAGCGACCUCGUCCCUCCCUUUACCGCUGCGCCUCCGCUGCCACCACCGUCGCUUCCCGACUCAUCUGCCGGGCGAGUCUCCCCCGGCCUUUCGGUGCAACAUAACCAGAUCCACAGCCAGCAGCGACACGUCCGCACUAGCCUGUGCCGUGUGCAGAUCUUCCUGCCGCGCCGUGACCUCUGCGACCGCUGUGUCUCCCGCUUCUUCCGCGACAUCCAGUCCGUCUACUGGUUUGUCUCCGCCGAGCGCUUCUAUGCCGUCCUCGAUCGUCUAUACGCUGGUGACCUUACCAGUGCGACGCCCGCCACCCUCUGCUCGCUGUACGCCGUUUUGGCCCUGACGUGUGAGAGCGAGGCUGUUCAGGCUGCUGAGGCCGCUGAGGAGGCUGCCGCUGCUGAACCGCCGCCCGCCGCUCGAUAUCUAUCGCUCGCUAAGAUGCUCGUGCCUGCACUCUGCGACGAGGCCGACAUCGACAGCGUUCGUGCCCUCUGUCUUCUCGGCCUCGCUUUGCAAAGCUCCUUGUUCAGCAACACCGCCUACAUUUACAUCGGCGCUGCUGCUCGAAUCGCCCUCACCUUGGGCCUGCAUUUGCGGAAGACCAUCGAGCCCAAGGGCUUUUUGCAGCGUCAGGUUGACCUGCGCCUGUACUCCACCCUAUUUCUCCUCGAUCUCGACGUCGCCCUGUGCUACGGCAACCCGCCCGCCAUCACCGAAGACCAUGCCGCCGGCAAGUUGCACGACCUCUCCGAGCAAAUCCUUAGUCCGGGCUCGCACAUGCCGCUGCACUACCUCACCGUCUCCUGCGAGCUCGCCCAGAUCAAACGCCGCCUGGGCCGGCUCCUGUACGGAUGUGACUCGGCCGUGUAUACGGCACACACCCCGCUCUCCGAUUGUCGACCGUCCAUAUCGGCUGUGAACGAUGUGCUGUCCGUGCUGACCGAAUGGUAUGCUGCCAUUCCGCCCCAUCUAUGUGACGUCUCCAGAGCUGCUCCUUUCCACCAGCGCUCCGUGUCUAUUCUGCAUCUGCGCUAUUGGAGCGCCACCAUCUUUGCCACCCGCCCCUUUCUAUUGUACAGUGCCUUCCAUCCCAUAGGCCUUGCUGCUCUUCCGCCUGCUAAGCGGGCCUCCUUCGAGGAGUUUUCUACUACCUGCAUCGAGGCUGCAAGGAAGUCCCUGGCCGUAAUAGGCCUCAUGCGAGAUGCCGCCCUGCUUAGUAGCCUGGUCACGCUGGAUAGCAGUUGCCUAAUUGAGGUACUCCAAGUCUUCUUGCUCGCCCUAGCCCGCGGCCAGAACGCACGUGCCGAUGACGUCCGCAUGUGCCUUCACACUUUGCAGAGUAUGGAGCAAGUCUUCUGGACACAUCAUAUGCUCACUGAGGUCAUGGCCCAGCUCAAGGAGAACGGCCUGCUGAAUGACGAUCGCAGCUUCAGCCCCCAAAAGGAAUCACCGGAAAAUUACUUUCUCGACAUAGGCCAGCAACAGCAACAGGAUGAAAUGAUGUCGGGUGUCAUGAAGGCCUGUUUUGCUGAUCUCAAUGACCCUUUGUAUUCUAUGCACGAUGACGGCACUGAUUUCGGCCCCAUGCUUAGCGAGUCUCUGCAUGAUGACCUCUUAUUAGCCUAG